AUGGGCACCGGGAGGCGAGUACAGACGGACGCGGGGGAGAACGAGGUGGUGGGGAAGGGCAAACGCGUGCCACCUCGUUUCUGGAAGGUCCUCGUGGAUCUUCGGAAGACGCAUCCUGGCGGGAAGCUAGAGUUGUAUUACCGCACGCAAGAUGGUGACGUCCCGAAUUGGUGGGUCAAGUGUUACUGCGUGAGCAACAAGUACAUCAGCCUCGGCCCGCGCCCGUCGUUGAGCAACCUCAAGCAACACUUUAAGUGCCAAACCCACAGCGCGGCCGUGCGCGCAGCGCGAAUCAACUCGAGGACGUCGACGGCGGCACGGUCGAGGACGAGAAAGACGACUCCGUCCCGUCCCACGCACAAACGCACGCAAAUACCGCCAGCACCUCACGAGAAAAGGACGACACGCCCCCCGACGACGUCGAUCGCCAAGAAGAAAAUUUCCCAGCAAGCGUGGGGUCCCACCACACCCGCGGUCCCCGUCGCAUCAACCUCGUCCACCAUCCACGCUCAGGAAGAAGACGCCAUGUUCCCCCGUGUGCGCUUGGAAGAGCUGUAUCCGCAGCCUAUGACACGCUACGAGGGCGAGGGCGAGGACGAGGACGAGGACGAGGACGCCGCCGCGUGGUUCUGCGUGGACUUUGGGCUCGACGCGGACGACGCGAAGGUGCUGCGGCGGGUCGGGUUUUCGGACGACGCGCGGAUCGAGGCGUUCGCGCGCCGGGCGGGGGAAGGCACGAUGAACCUGCUCAUGGAGGGUCUCAAGGAGGAGGGAAUGCCGUGCGCGGCACGGUUGCUUGUUAGGCAGGGCCUUUUGGAGAGGGCAGCGCGGCACGCUUGA